ACAUAUGUUGUACUAUACAGUAGUUUUUAAAAUAUUAACUAUAAGACAUAAUUACAGUAAAAAAUUAAUUUAUUAAUUAAUUUAUUAAAAAAUACUUCAUUUUGUAAAAACAUAAUAUAUUAUUAAUUACUGUAUUAGCGAUUAUAUAAGUAAAACAUUUAAUUGAAUUAUGUUUUGGACAACAAUUUGUUUGCCGGCGUUAAUGUUUGCAGUGAUUGUUACCGUUUUUGCCGAUAAUCGGGACACAGAUUUUGAGGACAUCGAUGCAAACUCGGCGGACGUCAAACAGCUACUGACAAAGGCUUUCGGUAACAGUACUGAUAGUCGAGAGAUAAAACUUAGUGAAAGUUUGAAACAUAAAACAAAACCACUGUAUCGGUUAAGAGUCGGUAUUUAUAAUUACCGCAAAUGCAAAGCCAAUGAAGACCUACGAUGGGUUAAAAUUAUAGGCGACAGGUGUCGAACACAACAGGGUUGUUCAGUGGACGCCACCAAAAACGGCACUACAUUUGAUUUGAUUAAAGCUCAUUGUGUCGCCUAAUAAUUAAUUACAACUAUUUUUUAAAAUUUUUUUAUGUAUUGAUAAAAUUGUGUUUUAAUUUUUUGUUUGUAAAACAUUUAAAUUAAUAACUUUGUUUUCUUCACUAAAUUAUUUUAUUUAUUUAUUUUAAUCCAAUUGUCUAAUGAAUUGCCCCCCCAAAUAAAAUGUAAUACAAUAUUAUAAUAAUUA